GAAGGCGCGAUGAGAUCGCGGGCUCAGUUGCCGUGCGACUGUCAAGAGACGCACCGGUGGUGUCGACGGACGUGCGACGGUUUCGCCUUCUCGCGCCAGAUUCUCGUCCUCCGGGAAGGAGAAUCGUCCUGGAGAGAGGGAAUCGUGCCGUCUCGUCGUCCAACAGUGAUUGAAAAGAAAAAAAAAAAAUAACAGUUUCCGAGAGCGUCGCAGACACGAGGUGAGAGAGGCGAAGGUCUCGAUUUAAAUCGCCGACCGCGAGAGACCAGGUGUACACACAUAUAUACACACACAGACGCACACACACACAUAUAUACACACACGCCCUAGUGGAAAUGGAGUUUCAUCUCGCUUCGAAACGAGCCUGAUGUGUCUGUCGGGCCGUAGUGUCAUCCUUGAGACCGUAAGACCGCCGGCGAGCAUCCGCCCGAGGACGGGAAGGUAGCGAUCGACGACGACGAGGACGAUCGAGGGAAGCGGCGAAGGCAUCGAUCGAAUUUUUGAUGAAACGAACGAAGCGAUGAAGAAGAAUGGUGGAGCGAGCGUCCCUCCCGUCGCCGUCGCCGCUUCGGUGCGACGAGCCGUGCAGUGAAUGUCAUUGGGAUGUGCGCGCGUGUUGUGUCACGAGCCUGUGAGAAUAUAAAUAAAUACACAGAGUGAGGGAGUGAUAUAUUGUACUGACGUAUAUUAUGCGUAUAUUGUUAUUCGAUCGGCGGCUUCGGUGAGAGUUUCGGGAUCCAGGGGAGGCUUUCGCAGCGAACGAGGGUGAAACACGUGUGAAAUUACUAUCCCCGCGUCAAGUUUUCGCCUUCUCUCUCGUUCGUCUCGGUACAGACUCUGUCUCCUGUAAUCAUGGAUAGAAAGCCGAGGAUCAACCGCCGCACGCAGAUUGCGAUAAUGAACUUAUUGCUGCUCUGCACCGCACCCAUUCAUGCGCGCGUCGACGAGACGCAGAUGGACACGCACGAGGGCUCGACGGUGCAGUUGCAAUGUCGGUUCCCGCCCCCGCGGGAGAACGUCACGUGCUUUUGGCUGACCCAUACGAACAACAACCUGGACAACGCGGCGAUCGAGAACCGCUCGCUGUCGCCGAACUACAAGGUGUUCAUGAGUCUGGAGGAGGGCCGCUACGACUUGCAAAUCAAGAACGUGUCCUACGAGCGCGACAACGGCAAGUACGAGUGCAGAGUUAAGGUCAGCAGCACCGGUACCGAUCUUCACAGAAAGUACAUCACCCUGACGGUGCUGAGGGCGCCGGGUCCGCCAACAAUAUCGCCCACCUCCGCCCAGGCCACGGAAGGUCAGCAGCUCGAGUUGAAGUGUAACACUUAUGGCGGUAGCCCCGAGCCGGAAGUGAAGUGGUACCGCGGCAACAGCACUCUACUGUUGCACACCGGUAGGACGCUGGUGGUGGAGCCAACGCGGGAGGACGAUCGAGCGAUCUUCCGGUGCGUCGUAAGAAAUCGGGCGAUGCGCGAAGGCGACACCCUGGACGCCUCGGUGACCCUCGACGUCAGCUACUUCCCGCGCGUGACUGUCGGCCCGGAGAAUCCGCUCAAGGUCGAGGUGAACGGUACCGCUACUCUCAAGUGCGAGGUGGACUCGAAGCCUACGGUCGGCAUGAUCCGCUGGUGGCGGGACGGGAGUUUCAUCGGUACCAAUUUCAUGCACGUGAUACCCAAGGUGACCUUGCAGGACGUCGGCAGGUACACCUGUCAGGCGGACAAUGGACUAGGCAAGCGAACCGAUGCCUCGUUGAGCCUGGACGUGCUCUAUCCACCUACGGUGUCGAUCGAGGGCAAUACUUUCCGAGUGGCCGACGUGGAAGAUAGUGUGACCAUUCACUGCAACGUGAGCGCCAAUCCGACGCCCACGGUGAUCGAGUGGCUGCGAGAUGGCCGGCCGGAAUUCAGACAGCAAGGCUCCAUCCUUCGAUUGACCCGGGUCACGGCGGAGCACGCCGGUAAUUACACUUGUCGCGCGGUGAACACGAUCCAUCCUACCGGUGGCGAACGCAGGAAUCAUUCGGCAUUCGCCACUGUUACUAUUCGGGUACGGCACAAGCCUGGUCCGGCCAGGGUAACUCCGGACUCGCCGGUCGCCGUCGAAGGCUCUCGAGUGAUACUCACGUGUAUGGCCAGCCCGGCCGGCUACCCUGAGCCGACUUACAAGUGGUGGAAGGAGGGUGAAAGCAGCGUAGGUCUAAUACCGAUACCUGUGGGACCCAAGUAUGAGAUCGACUCGGUGCACCUUGGCAGCGAAGGGGUGUACAAAUGCAGCGCGGUAAACGAGAUCGGCAUUGGCGAAUCCGCGUCAGUGAAUCUCACCGUUCAUCAGCCUCCGAAGAUACUCACCAAACUGCAGCCUCACGUCACGAGAAAAGUCGGCGAGUCGUCAUUUCAAGUAUCCUGCGUAGCACAGGGUAAGCCACGGCCUAGCGUGCACUGGUUGAAGGACGAUCAGGAAUUAACGGCCGACGAGAGGCUCUACAAAGUAAUUACGACGGCGUCGGAGGGCCAUGGCAACGUAGUAACCGUAAAUUCUACGUUGAGCUUUUUGGGUCACGCUCGUCCGCAAACGGACGAAAUCGUGGCAGGCGAUCGCGGCAAAUACACCUGCGUCUUCAUGAACGAAGUGAAGAAAGUCGAGUCCACGAUGAUGCUCAAGGUGGAGCACGAGCCAAUAGUGCUCCAUCAGCAUGGCAAGGUGGCGUACAAUCUCCGAGAAACCGCCGAGGUGGCUUGUAAAGUACAAGCGUGGCCAAAACCCGAGUUCCAGUGGAGCUUUGGCACCAACGUCGCGACUCUUCAGGGUUCCUCCAGCGACGGUCACUACGAAAUCACUACCACGAGCGACAACUAUGACGUGUACACAUCCGUCCUAAGAAUGACCAAUAUUCGCGAAUCUGAUUACGGCGAUUACACUUGUCGCGCUGCCAAUGCUCAAGGCAGCGUCAUGUCUACCAUCAGAUUACAGCCGAAGGGAGCGCCGGAAAGACCAACAAAUAUCACUGCCAUGGAAAUCGGACCCACGUACGUCGCGCUUUUGUGGCAACUGGGUUUCGACGGCGGCCUGCCUAUCACAAAGUACUUUGUUUCGUACAGAAGAGUGGCCGGUGGUGACGAGAUAGUAGCGCCGGAUUGCGCGCCUCCUCGUGGACCGGCCGGCCAAUGGCUCGAGCUCGAUUGUCGUAGAUCCAAUCCGUGUAACGUGACCAACUUGGAGCAGCACCAGACUUAUACCUUCAAGGUGAAGGUCUACAAUACUAAAAAUCAUUCCGAUUAUUCCGACGAGGUAACCGCCACUACAGCGGUAGCGAAAAUACCUACGCCACUACGGGUGAGUUUCGACCCGGAGAGCGGCACACUCGCCAUUAACGUUGGUGCCACGUGUCUGGCAUUAGUGGCAUCUAUCGAGAAGUUUGACGGAGGUUCCGAUAGUUCGUGGAGAAUCGUAGACGAGUGGCCUCUCGAAGUUCUCGGGAGUGCACCCACUCAAAGAGAAGGAAUAUUGGACGAUCCUGAAGCAGCUGAUUCGGAACCUCGACUCAGAAUUAGACUCUGUCUCAAAGCGGAUCGACAGAAGUGCGGCGAGUACGCGGAAGCCGAAAUUGGACCAUCCUACAUCGCGCAAGCCGGUGCUCUUGCAACGCCAACUUUAAUCGCACUGAUAGUAAGCGGAGCAGUUUUUCUACUGUUUGGAACAUUGCUGUUGCUAUUCUGCCGGUGCCGGCGGAAACACGCGACGAAAGCGAAAGAUUACGAGAUGGACUCGAACGCCGUUCGUCCGAGUCUCGUGGCAGGUAAUGGCCAACAAACGCAACCACCACCACCCUACUAUGCCGAGAAUAAAGCUCUAGAACAUAGUUUGGAUCAUGCCUUAGCAUUGGAAGACUCGAAGACUCCCGCUUAUUCUCAAUCGGGAUACGGUUAUCAUCAACCUAAUCACAACAUCAAUGGCGUGAAUAUGGGAUACAUGGAUAACAGUUACUCAAAUUCCAACAAUGGCGGUUCGGUGAACUCGCAGGACUCCAUAUGGCAGAUGAAGUCCACCGCUGCAAACGGCGUUAAUCAGCCCUACGAUCUUGCUGGAUAUGGCACUACGGAGUCCGAUUACCCCACGCAUCCUCAUUAUCUUCCGCAACGGGAGAAUUAUAGGGAGAGCCAUAAUCUAAGUCGGCAGCAGUUCUGUUCGGAGCCCUUUGCCACCGUCGUCAAGUCUCAGAAACAUGUUGAUUCACCUUAUGAUGUGUCGGGAUUGCCGUAUCAAGAGAAUUACGAUGAAGAUACGAAGCCGCCGCAACAGGUCAGCCUCUCGUACGACGAGAGCCUAGAGUCAGGCUACUCCACGCCAAACAGGCGUAGAAUUAUCAGGGAGAUAAUUGUUUGAGACCUGCCUACCGGCUCACGAGCCGGAAACACACGUACCA